AUGUCUGCUAGAAUUUUAAAGGAAUUGGAGAUUGAAGCUUAUCGUGUUAAUAUUAUUCAAGAAUUGAAAGUCUUGAUGAAAUUCAACGAUUAUGUUACUCUGAAUGGCAUGGGACAUUCAUUGGUUGAAAUGAAAAUGGAGAAAGUGAUUCUAAAUGCAUUUUUCGCAGAAGAAAAAGAAGCUUAUUCGAAGAAGGACUUACGGCAAGGAUUGAAAAGGGAAAUUCCCAUUCGAGAGUUCCAAGCCGUAACGGGUGGAGAGGCUCGUCUUCCUUGCAACAUUGUCAUUCCAAAAGAGCCAGAUGUCCUAUCACUUAUCCUCUGGUAUAGAGAAGCUCCAAAAUCGCCCAUUUACACCCUGGAUUUCAGAAAAGGCCCGCCUGAUCAAGCAAAACAUUUUCCUGGUAAAACGUUAACUGAUAGGGCUCAUUUCGAGACAACAGAGUAUCCUCCUACAUUAAAAAUUAAACCUGCCAAAGUGGAGGAUGAGGGUAUCUACAGAUGUAGGAUUGAAUAUAGAAGAGCUAGAACUGUUACAAGACCAGUGAAACUCAACAUCAUUGUUCCUCCCCAGGCGGUAGUGAUAAUGGAUGACCGGGGUCAAAGGCUUAAGAGGCUGGCUGGUCCUUAUGAUGAAGGAGCGUAUCUCUCCUUGCUGUGCGAGGCCGAAGGAGGUAAUCCUUCACCAAUAGUAACAUGGUCGAAAGAAGGGGCUCUUGUGGACGAUACUUACUUCAGAACAGCUCAAGGAUUUGUCCGCAAUGAACUUGUGGUGCUAGAGCUUAGACGAUCUGACUUCAUGGUGGAAUACACGUGCAAAGCAUCAAACACAAAUCUCACUCAGCCGAUCAAUGCAUCUGUCAGGAUUGACUUGAAUAUGAAGCCUUUAUACGUGCGUAUCACAACAAAACAGAAACCACUAAAAGUUGGAGACGAUCUAAGACUGGAUUGUGAAACAUCUGGAUCAAGACCUGCAGCGAAGCUGGUAUGGUGGAUGGAAAACAGAAUCAUGUCUACUGGAAAACAAUCCUUCUUUACAAACAGAAACGUCACUUACAGUAGCAUUCAUCUCAGUCCAAAAGUAGAUGAUAAUGGGAAGAUAGUAAUGUGCAAAGCAGAAAAUCCAACUCUGCAGCACAGUGAUAUUCAAGACUCUUGGUAUCUUAAUAUUUACUUUCCUCCAGAAGUAUCGUUGACUCUCGGAGCCAAUAUCAAAUAUUCCACCAUAAAAGAAGGAAAUGACGUUUAUUUGGAAUGCAUCAUCAAAGCGAAUCCGCCCGUCUCCGAAUUAAUAUGGUUCUUCGAUGGCAUACCUUUCUUCGGGAAUGCGUCUGCGGGCGUCAUUAUCUCCAACCAGUCUCUCGUGCUCCAGAAAGUUAGAAAAGAACACAGGGGGAAGUACAGAUGCAUGGCUUCCAAUUCUGAAGGGCAAGGCGAAAGUCAGGAGUUGCUGCUUGAAGUCAGAUAUGCACCAGCGUGUAAACCCAAGCAAAAGAAUCUAUACGGCGUUGCCAGAAAUGAAGCUGUCAAUGUCAGCUGCGAAGUUGAAGCUGAUCCAAAUGACGUUGCGUUUCGGUGGGCACUUAAUAAUUCGGUAGAAAACCUUGACUUGCACAAUUUCACGUCGGAAGGUACGCAUAGUGUACUGACUUAUGUUCCAAGAACUAUGCUGGAAUUUGGAGCAGUGUUAUGUUGGAGCAAAAAUGCAGUUGGAGAACAGAAAGAGCCCUGUGUUGUACGCAUUAUACCAGCAGGACCACCAGAUCCAGUUCGAAAUUGCAUUGUAACCAACAGAUCCCAAGCCUGGAUCAUGGUUGAAUGUGAAGCAGGGUAUAAUGGAGGACUCUCGCAAAAGUUUCAUCUGGACGUGUACAAUUCCGCUGUUGACCACCUGCAGGUGAACAUGAGUUCUAAAGACUCGCCUGUGUUCUCCGUGUCCAAGUUGCCGCCAGGGACUGCUUUUGUUCUGGUCAUCUACUCCUCGAACGAGAAAGGGAAAAGCAGUUCGGUGGCACUGAUGGGAACCACAAUGCCAGUUAAUGACUUAGAUGGUGAGUUAGCAUUGAUGGGGAGCUUAAGUCCUUUGGUAGCCAUACUGAUCGCUGUAUUUGGUACACUCCUGGUGAUAGGCGUUGUCGCUCUGGCACUAGUUCAAAUUCGGAGGAGAAGGCCUCGGAAAGCACCAUCACCAAUAGAAGAAGAUAAGAUCAAAAUGAGUAAAAGUUGGAAGAAAGAUUCAGACGAGUUGGUCGAAAACACUGUUGCAUGUCCUGAUGUAGUGCCGCCUAAUAAUAUGUGUGAUAGUGAAAGCCUAGAGAGUGCUUUAGUAAAGGAAGGUCAAUCUCCUGAUAGCAUGAAAUGUAGCAAGAACUACAGGAACUGUGUCGUGGCACUGAAGCGUUCAUGGAGCUUAAAAAAAAGGUGCCAAGAAAAAUCGGAUAUUGAAGUGUCAUUAGCUGAUCUGAACUAUCAGGAUGAGUUAACUAGGAUACCCCUGUCUCCCACGACGAUAGUGGAAAAGACGCCUUGGUACGAACAAGAAACCACUCCAACUAACAAAAAUGUGGUUCUAAUAGUUGAAGCUCACAAUGACAAAUGUGCCACACACAAAACUAUAGUUCCACAGCAGAGUACGACGCCAUUUUGACACGUCUCAGGAAUGAUAUGUAUCAUUGAAAGGAGCUCAAUAUUUUUCUUGUAGCGUUGAGGACUAAGAGUCCUAUCAAUUUAUGGGCAUAUUUUGGCAGCUUUUAAAGUCACGAUCUCCGAACGCAACACUUCAAAAGUACUGCUCUUGGAUUUUGGAAAGUUCAUAUCUACAAAUCGUAUUUGUGAAAGAAAGCUGGAUUUUGAACUACAGGCUGCCUAUUUUCAUAUCUUUUGUAUACAUGGCAUAAAAUACUCUUCCACAGAAAUAAUUAUAUAAAUCCAGUGGAUAAUAUUAAAGCUGCAAAAUAUUCGGGAAAACCUGAUGUAAUACUAAAGAAAAGCCUGCAUUUUGCAAAUAUAAACUGAUACUUACAUUAUAGAUUAGCAUAUCAAAGCAGAACUUGUCAUAUCGUUUUUCCUACUUGAUAUUGAAACUGAAAAUUAAAAAUGGUAUUUUUUUCAUACUGGUGAUUGAUAUCAAAUAUAUAUUUAAAAAAAAAAAGAAACUUUUUUUUUUUUGUACGCUCUUAU